UCUGGGCGCUGUAGUUAAAACACACACACACACAAACUAACGUUCGCAAGCGCAGAGCCAUGAGCAGGCUUUAACUUGCUGCUCGCUUCCUUUGAGAGUAGACCUUUUCUGUUUCUCGAGGAGUAACGCAUCGGGAGCGCGUCCCUCGUCUUAAGGACACCCCCGUCGGCGUCAGCCUGAUUGGCCUCCGAGAGGUUUCCUUCGGAGAUCUUGCCGGCGUUGGCCCCGUUUUUCUUUCUACCCUCCUGCUAAGAAGCUGUACUCGGAGGGGACAGCUCCACGCUGGGCCAGAUCUUCCCGUUUCUUCUCUUGCCAACACUUACGGUCAUCCUUUCUCCAACCACAAAGAAGAAUGGAAGACCCACUCUGUCCGACCAAUCCAUCUUUCCUGAAGAGCCAAGCAGAUCGCCACGUACCGCGCCCUGCACCAAGCUUCCGUUUCCUGGCGUUUGCCAGCUUUCUCCUCCUCCUCUUCUUCCUGCCUUCUUGCCAGCCGGAUGAUGACGUAGAGAACAGCCUGAAUCUGAAGAGUUCUUUAUGGGAAAUGGGCCCUAAGGAACUGUUUCAGAGGAUUCUCCGAGAAGCUUCUGAGUCUCAAAAAUCCUUCCGAAGGGACCUCCCCCUGAAUCAUAAAGGCCAAAGAGACUUUCUAAUGAGCCUGAACUUGACAACGAAGGUGGGAGGAAAACGCAACAUCUGUGACCAGCUCCUGAAGUUCUCCCAGUAUGUACUGGUGGAAGCACUUGGGCGUAGCUUGGCCUUUGACCUUGUGGAAUAUCCAAGCUGCCACCACCUGAACGAGGUGCCCCAAAUUCGCCUGAAUCCCUACAACGUGUUGCCCUCCAAAGUGGAGUCAUCAUCCUUAUACCACCUCCUCCAGCUACUGGCCGACGUGGGAGUGGCGGUUGAAAUAGGUCAGCCCAAGACGGCACCCCGGCUAAGGGAUCAGCUCCUCGAAAUGAAGAGGACGGAGGUGGAAGAGACGCAAAACGGGAAUUGCUCUUUUCCGGUGGCGCCCCUGGUCUCCUGGCACCCGGGUCACAACUCUAGCCAUGCUGCGGUCAUUGGCCGAAAAGACGCCUUCCUUCUGGAGAGUUCUGCUACUUUCCACUCUCUGCUCAUCCAGGAAGGAGGAGUCUUGGUCUUUGCUGACAAUCCGGAGCAGCCGAUCAUCCUUAGAGCACGCAGCAUCCUCCUGGAGGACGGUGGGGCCCUGCACAUCGGCUCCGAGCUUUGCCCGUACCGCUCCAAGGUGACCAUCUCUCUCUAUGGAAAAGCCACCGAGGGCGCAGACGUGGCGGGCUACGGCAAGAAAUUCUUGGGGGUGGGAAGAGGGGGCAUUCUGGAGCUCCAUGGCAGAAAGCCCCAAUCAUGGACAUAUUUGGCAAGAACCUUGUACCCAGGGGGCCUCCGGUACGGCCCGCACACCUCCGAAAAGCGCUGGAGCAGUCGGGGGCUCAACAUCCGGAUCAUUGAUGCUGGCACUGCCCAGGUGGUUGCCUCUGGCCGCUUUGACACCCACCUCCUUGCCAAUGCCAGCCAGAAAUUAAAGGAGUUCCUUGUACGGCAGCCCCCGGGCCACCUGAUCGCCUUAGCCGUGGGGGAUUCGGCUGCAAAGCACUUAACUCUGGAGGCAAGGCAGUUUCUCAAGGACCUGCUCCACAGCCGAUUCAUCCUGCACCUGCAGUACAGACAACCCUGGGCUUUGGUUGGGAUCCUCGGAGGAGAGGCGUCUGCCACUGCCGAAGAGGCCGAACCGCCACCGGGGAAUGGCACAGCAAAGCUGGCUGUAGCAACGAAAGGCUUCGAGACCUAUGAAGGGGUCAGCUUUAGUGUCACGGCUUACAGCGGCUGGAUCAAAGGGGUGCCCCAUCAUGGAUUUAAAGUGGAAGUGCCGAAUGGCGUCAUUUUAGAUUUGGCAGAUGACGUGACCAGUUGGCUACCAGGAGACGAGAUCGUGGUGGCCAGCACCGACUACUCCAUGCACCAGGCGGAAGAGUUUCGCCUCCUGCUUUGCCCCGAAUGUCAACCCCACCAAGUGAAGAUUGCUGGCGCUCCACUGUACCUUCACAUGGGGGAGAUUGUAGACGGCGUAGACAUGAGAGCCGAAGUGGGCCUUUUGACCCGAAAUAUCCUUAUCCAAGGAGAAAUGGAAGAGUCGUGCUAUGGGUCAAACCACUGCCAGUUUUUCAGCUUUGAUACCUUUGGAGGACAGAUUAAAAUCCAAAGGAAUUUUAACUCGGUCCACAUGGCAGGGGUAGAGCUGAAACACAUGGGUCAACAAAUCCUGGGCAGUUACCCUGUGCAUUUCCAUCUCACGGGAGACGUGGAUGAGCGAGGAGGUUAUGACCCGCCGUCUUACCUUGACAACCUCGCCAUCCAUCACUGCUUCUCGAGAUGCGUGGCCAUCCACGGGGCCCACGGCCUUCUGGUGAAAGACACCAUUGGCUACGACACUCUGGGGCAUUGUUUUUUCCUCGAAGAUGGGACCGAGCAGCGGAACACGUUUUCUCACAACCUGGCGCUCCUGACCAAAGCGGGUACGAUUUUGCCGACGGAUCGGGACGAAGCCAUGUGCCUUGCCCUGCGCGAUGGCGUCUACGGGGACUACAUUCCGGUUCCCAGCAAAGAUUGCACGGGGGUCAGCUCCUUCUGGAUUGCUCACCCAAAUAAUAAUCUGAUUGAGAACUCAGCAGCUGGUGCUCUGCAUGUGGGAAUAUGGUACCUCUUUCACCGGGUUCCGACGGGACAGUCCGAAGGACAGUAUCCAGCCGGCCAGUCCGAGUUGACUCCUCUGGGGACCUUCCGCAACAACAGAGCCCAUUCCAACUUCAAGGCUGGCUUGUUUAUUGGGAAAGGAGUCAAGACAACGAAAGCCAGCAUUGAAAAUCCCCGGGAAUAUCUGACAGUGGAUAAUGCCAGGUUCCGCCCCCACCGAGAUGCCGACCCCGAAAAGCCACGGGUUCCUGCUGUGAUUGAGGGCCUCAUUGCUUUCAAAAAUAACGACCACGGAGCCUGGGCCCGGGGAGGAGAGAUAGUCUUCCGGAAUUGUGGCUUCGCAGACAAUGGCAUUGGGCUGACUUUAGCUAGUGAUGGGACUUUCCCCGUUGAUGACGGCUGCAGCCUUGAAGUGACUCAAUCGCUCUUUGUCGGUGAAAGUGGCAACGUUGGUUCCCAGGGUGGACAAAACAGCUACUGGGGCAAAGGAGCCGAGGGAGAGCUUCGGACGCUGCCCCGGAACAAGACCUUUCCGAUCCGCGGCUUCCAGGUAUACGAUGGUCCUGUCAGGCUGACGAGGAGCACUUUCAGGAAAUUUGCCCCCACUGCGGACCGACGCUCGAGCGCGAUCGGCUUCUUCAUGAAGAACGCUUGGCAAGUGAGCCCUCAGAACAACGUGUCUUCGAUCCGGAUGGAGAGAAGUGUUGGGCUCAAGGUAUUCCUGGGCACGCCAGGCCAGUGGUUUGGAGAGAAUGACAAUGACGGUGACAAGACCUCCAUUUUCCAUGAUUUGGACGGCUCGGUGACGGGAUGUCCAGACACCUUCGUGGGGAGGGCGGACAACUAUCUGAUCCGUCACCCAGGCUGCCUUAGUGUCCCAAGGUGGAAUGGAGUCGUAUGCACCGGGAGAUAUGCACAGCUCUACAUUCAAGCCAGGCACCCUGAGACUCUGACCUUGUCCAUCGCCAGCGCCGCCUACCCUUCCCGUCCUCUGAAGCUGCAGGGCGUGAACCGAGGGGUGUCCUAUCAACAGUACCAGCCGGUGGUGAUGCUGGAGGGAGCCUACGUCCUCCAAUGGGAUGGCCGAGCCCCAAAAGAUGUGAUCCUGUAUCCCAUCAACUUCAAUAGAGGAGACUGGGUAGAUGUGGCCUUAUGCUAUCCCAAGGGCACCGCUUUCGUCAUCGUGGGAGACAUUUACCGCCAACCGACGGGGAAGGCGCACAGCGUAAAGCCCUACGGGGCAGCCUCUUCCCUCCGCGGCCUGAUGAACCAGACCGAGGAGCGGCUCUUUUAUUUCGACAGUGCGUCCGGUUAUCUCUUUGUACACCUCCAAGCGCACGAAGUUCGGACAGGGCACAGCUACUGUUCUCCGCGCGGCUGCGAGCGCCUUAAAAUAACAGCCACGAUGCCCUCCGGGGUUCCCUGGAACUGCCCUCGCAAUCCAUUUUCAGGGAAAAGCCUCUGGAGGAAAAAUUCGCCGCCUCUAAGGAUUCGGCGCCGGGGGCUGCCUUGUAGUCAGUGUGGAGUUCCAUGGGUUGCAAUCACCAGUACACCUUCUGUGCAUUAUGUUCGGAUUGAGAUUCAGUCUCUAAGGAGAACAGAUGCGGAGAACUACUCAAGGCUCACAUUUAUUAAGAUCAACGACGACGUCUCCUUUUUCCACAGCCCGGGGCUCUUCUUCCUGGUUUUAGAUGCCUGCUCCGGUGCGGUCGUGAGUCGGCGGCACUUUGAUCUAACCCGACUCGGGAAAGUUGCCAAUGCUAUAUCUACUUAUGUUGAAACAUCUAUAAAAGACAGAUCAAUCGUUCUUGUUUGUACUAGAGAUCUCGGAGACGAAAUGUCAGCCUACAAGAUGUCUGUAUUUACAAGGCUGGGUUCGGCAAAGCCCAUUAUCUUCCAUGAAAAAGGCACUCUCGCUGUGCUCGGGUACAAAGGGAACCCUAAGCCCUCUUGGGUUAAGAUCCGCAGCCAAACCGCCGAUCAGAAAUCUGCGUCUCUCCAGUCCUACGUCCCCCUGAUGCUGAGAGAAUACGGAUGCUCCGAGGAGAGGACAACGGUUUAAGACGGUGCUGGACCGGCGGAGAGCGUGGACUCUAGCAAAGCUGGGGGAAAGCCGGAUCACCUGUAAAGAGAAGACAUACCUCCGAUGUCCAGGGUUUUUCAAGGAAAAUGUGUUUUUACUGUCGACUUUUAUUUUACA